ACAUCCUAUAACUUGUCAGCGAAACGAGAUAUAGGAUAUGAUUGAUUAUUAUUGUCUUCCCAUUUUCAGAAGUCUUCCUAUUCAAUCUAUUGACAAGAUAGUUGUUCACACAUGUGUUGGGUUUCUAACUUUGUUUCUCUCUUUUUCUUUUUGUGUUGCAAUCAUAAUGGAUUGAAGAAAAGAAGGAGAGAGAUGGAGAUGGAAUCUUGUGUUCCACCAGGGUUUAGGUUCCACCCAACAGAAGAAGAACUUGUUGGGUACUACCUCAAGAGGAAGAUUAACUCUUUGAAAAUCGAUCUGGAUGUUAUUGUUGACGUUGAUCUGUACAAGAUGGAGCCGUGGGACAUCCAAGCCACAUGCAAUCUAGGGUACGACGAGCAGACGGAGUGGUACUUCUUCAGCCACAAGGACCGGAAGUACCCGACCGGAACCCGGACCAACCGAGCCACGGCGGCCGGAUUCUGGAAGGCCACCGGCCGCGACAAGGCGGUGCUGUCGAAGAACAAGAUCAUCGGGAUGAGGAAGACGCUCGUCUUCUACCGGGGACGCGCUCCUAACGGAAUGAAGACCGACUGGAUCAUGCACGAGUAUCGCCUCCAGACUUCCCAAAACGCACCCACUCAGGAAGAAGGAUGGGUGGUAUGUAGAGCAUUCAAGAAGCCAAUUCCCAACCAAAGGCAAGGCUAUGAUCACCACCAAUGGAACCACCACCACCACCACCAUGGCUACAAUCCUCUACACUCAUCACAAUCUGAAGCUUGUUCAUCAACAUCCCACCAAUACUUGCCACCUCAUCAUCAUCAUCCUCAUCACAUCCACAAUCAAGAUCACAAUCAGCUUAUAAUCUCCCCUAGUUCCCAGUCCUUCACUGACAUGAUGAUGAUGAACAGCCAGCUGAUGGUCGUCCACCAUCACCGUCAAGAUCAUCAGCUCCCGCAGCUGCUCGACAGCCCCAAUAAUGCCAUCUCAGCAAGUUUUGGUGCAACCACCAACACCAUGGCAGCCGGUGGCAAUUUGAAGAGCAAUAACUUGGAGGAGUUGCUUGUGUCCCAAGAAGCCAACAUCGACGGCUCGAGUUCGUCGCAGAUGAUCUUCUCGUCGUCUCUCCCGAUGUUGAUGCUGGACUCCGGAAGCGGUGGAUCGAUCGAAGCCGACGAUGGUUCCUGUUUUCUAGAUUGUUUUCCUGAUGAUUGAUUCAAGUAGUUUGAUUUUCGUAACGACAUUAUACGAUGGUUUCUUUUCUUACAUCUUGUGAGAAUCUUAUUUGGUUCCCCAUGCACGUAUGCCAUAGGUUUUUUUUUUUUCUCUUUCUCUUUUUGGUCUUUCAGAUGCUUUUAGUUUUCUCUUUGGGGGGAUUGCUUUUGAUCACUUUCGUAUGUUUUGAUUUGCUAAUUGUAAAUUGCAUAUAGCUAGAUAACUGCAUCAUCAAUUGGAUGGUGCAUAUGCAUAUGCACUCUUACUAAUAUAUAUAUAUGUAUCAUUUCUCCUCCUCUUUUAUGUCUUAUCGUCAUGUUUCAGUUCAAGUACCACAUGAGAAAUAUAGAGGUAAUAAUUAU